UUAAAUGUAUGUUUAUUUUACUAAAUGUAGUGCAAUACUAUUUAAUUAUAUGCUGGGUCGCUUAUACAUUUAUGUUUAGUUAAUGAUUAACUUUAUAUAGCAGGAAUAUGAUCGUUUUACUUUAACAGAUUGUUAGCAUUUGUAAUAUUUCGAACUUAUUUAUGUUUAACCAUGGAAAUAACGUUAACAGAAAAAGAAGAAUUCAUGCAAGAACAUUUAGUUGUUUGGUUGCAAUCAUGUUUAAACAAGCCAGAAAAAUUAAGUGUAUAUGAGAAUUUAAUUGAUGGAACAUUGAUUUAUGAAGUAUUACUUUUGAUUGAUCCUGAACCAUUAUAUCAUACCAUUGUUUCUGGUCAAAAUGAUCCAUCCAUUAGAAUUCAAAAUUUAAAUUGUAUUCUGAAAAAUAUUAAAAUGUUGUAUGAAGAAGAAUUGGGACAGGUUAUAUUGACAAUGCCGGAUUGUUUACGUUUAGGACGGGAACCAUAUUCAAAGCAUAGUUUUGAAGAUAUGAAAUUAUUAUUGUUAUUAUUGCUUGGUUGUGCUGUUCAAUGUCCAAAUAAAGAAUCAUUUAUUGAGCGUAUUAAAACAUUACCUAUUGAAUCUCAACACGCACUUGUACAUUAUAUAAAACAAAUAACUGAAAGUCAACAAAUUGUAAUUACCCAAGAGAAUGCAGAGCAAUUAACAACUGAUCUUUUGAUUUCUCAUAUUCGGCAAUUAGUUAAAGAACGUGAUCAAUAUCUUCAGAUGUGGACGGAAUUAGAAGAAAAGCGUUUUUCUAAUUUAAAACCUUUAGAAGCUGGUGGUUUAACCUUAUCUAUUAGUUCUAGUGGUGAUAAUCAAAACUAUGCUCUUGAACUUGCUGAUUGGAAAGCAAAGCUUCGAAAACUUAGACAUGAAUUAGAAGAAAAAACUGAAGCAUUAGCUGAAGCUAAGGAAGAACUUGAACAAACUAAUCUCACAGCAGUUAAAUUAAAAGAAGAGCUUCAACAAAUCAAAGUAGAUGCUAGAUCAGCAAAAGCAUAUAGAGAUGAAGUAGAUGCUUUACGAGAAAAAGCAUCUAAUUAUGAACACCUGGAAAUAGAAAUAAAAAAAUACAAAGAAAAAUUAGGAGAUUUAGAUUAUUAUAAAUCUAGAGAAGAAGAGCUCACUCAAAAUAAUUUACUUCUCCAAGAAACAAGAGAAACCCUUGAAGAACAACUUGUUAAAUUUCGAAGACGAGCUUCUCAAUUACAAGAAAUGGAAUCACAAUUGUUACACUUCAAACAAAAUAUUAAUACUAUGACGUUAGAACGAGAUGCACACUUAAGAAAAAUUGAUGAACUUAUUAAUGAAAAUGCACAGCUUGAUUUACUUAAUAAAUCUUUUCAAUGCAAUGAAAGUUUUAACAAAGAAAUUGACAAUGAUAGCUAUUUUGAUCAUGUUGGUUCAAAAGAUAAUAGCUUGUGUGAACAACUAAGUACUAGUGCUCAAUCACAUGCAUUAAGACUUGAAUUGGAAAAUAAAAAACUUACAUCAACUAUAGAAUGCUUACAAGAUAAUAUUAGACAUCAAAAUAAUGAAAUAAUAUUAGAACUAGAAAAAGAUAAGAAGUUACUUUCAUUGCAGCUGGAAGAAACAGAAAGUAAUAAAAAUCGUAUACAUCAGCACUGUAAAUCAGUUGAAAAUGAUCUUUCUAAUUUAAAGAAUGAAUAUAAAAAAUUACUUGAAACAAAUGAGUUAUUAAAAAUAAAAAUUGAGAUUAAAGCUGAAGAAUUUGAAAGUUUGAAAAGAGAAAAUAAAAGAUUGGAAAAAGAAAUCAAAGAAAACAGUUCACUACAUUCUAAUGAAAAAUCUGAUCUUGUUCAAGGUUUGGAGUUGAAAAAUAAUAAUUUAGAAAAAGAUAUAUCAAAAUUAAAAGGAACACUAGAUAAAAAAUUAGAAGAAAUAGAUAACUUAUUAAGUGAAAUUGAUAUGUUAAAAAAAGAAAAAGAAGUGUUAAAUAAAAAUGUAGAAGAUUACGACAAGCAAAUACACCGUUUACGUGCUAUUGAAAAUGAAUUUCAUGAUUUGAAAAGCAAAUAUACUGUUGAAGUUGCAGCUACCAAAGCUGUUCAAGAUGAUUUAGUAUCAGAAAAACGUAAAUCUCAACAAAUUAUUGAAAACUUAGAUAAAUUAGGUUUAGCAUUGGAUCAGUUGGCUGCACCAGAAAAUGUUUUAGAUCAAAUUGUUUCAAGCCCUGAGGUAGUAAAAGCUGUAAGGGAGAAAAUCACUAAAGAUACUAAUAUGUGUCAUGAAUUAAAAACUGUUAAUGUUGCUCAAAUGGAAGUUGAUUUAACAACUUUAAAAUCCAAAGUUCAUUCUUUGAAUAGUCAACAUACUGCAUUACAAUUAGCUAACACUCAGUUAGCUGCAGAAAAAGAAGAGACACAAAAAGAAUUGGAUUCAACCAACGCAGCUUUUUCUAAACUUCAAAUACUUCACAAUCAAUUAACACUUGAAUAUGAAGAACAAUUAAAACAGAAAGAUUCCUUAAAAAAUGAUCUCAAAGAAGCUAGAUUUUCUCUUAAAGAAAAAUUAACACAGUUGAAAAGUGUUGAAACCAAGCUUAAACGUGAAAAUGAACAAUUAAAAGCAGAAUUGAUGACAGUUAAACAUUUACCUGCUGAACAUGCUAAAUUAAAAGAUGAUUUUAGAGCAUUAUUUACAGCAAAUGAAAAACUUAAAGCUGACCUUAGAAAUGGAUUGGAUGCUAAAGAAUUAGUCGAAGUACAUGAAAAAGAAUUGGAAUCUCUUAAAUCCAAAUUAACAGAUUCCAAUGCUCGCUAUAUGGUACUUCAACAAAUGACUAGUACUUUUGUGGAAGAUAGAAGAUCGUUAAUGGAACAUGUUACAAUGUUAAUUACACAAUAUCAUGAGCUUUUAACUCAAUCACUAGAAGAUAAAGAACAAUAUCAUUUAGAAGAAAAAAAUAAUACUGAUAAAUUGAAUCAUUUAUCUCGUCAGAAAGAAAAACUUGAAGAAAAAAUAAUGGAUCAUUAUAGGAAACUCAAUAGUUGCAGCAUAACAAAGAAAAAAACCUUUGGUUCUACUUGGAUAAGAAAAGUAAAAAAAGCUGGUACAGAGUUAAUGAAUAAGAGUCGUAUGUCUUGGCAUGAAGAUAUGGCUAGAAGAGGGAUUGAUUCAGAUACAAGUUUAGAUUUAGAUGACAACCAAUCAAAUCAUCAUCAAGAAUAUUCCGACAAUUUAAGCAGUUUAGGAACUCCAGGAACACGUCAAACUCUUUAUUUAUCUGGUGAAGAAAAUGAAGUUGAUGAAGGAUCCAUUAUAGCUAGCCAUUCAUUAUCAAAUUCACCACUUACUGCUUCAUAUCGUAAUGAACACAAACUUAACAAUAUUAUUUUUAGGUUACCACUCAUUACUAAUGAUGAAAUUAAGGAUAGUAGUAACAAUUCAACAGUGCGGUCUAGUAAAGCACUUCUAACAAAAGAAGAUACAAACUGGUAUGAAUAUGGAUGUGUUUAAUAUAACUUAAAAUUGUUGUAUUUAUAUUUUCUUGACUGUUAAAAGUUUUUUUAGUGUGGAAUUUUUUUUAACUAUUAUGUUCCUGUUUUUAUCUAAUCGCACACUUUUUCUUCUAAUAUAUAAAACAUUUCAUAACUUUUUUUUUUUACAUAUUUAUGUUUUAUUUUAAUUCUAAAUACUUUU